AGAUAAGCAAUGGCAGAUCUAGAUUCUGAUUACCACUCAUCAGAUGACGAAGAUUACGUACCAGAAGAAGGUGUAGAGGAUGUCGAUUAUCCAUCGGGCGAAGAGGAAAAUGAAGUAAAUGAAGAUAGUGGGAAACCUUCUACGAAAAGAAAACGCGCUGGUAAAGACAAGCCACCGGAAUCGAGUGAAAAGCCGUCCACAUCUACAGACGGUAAUGUUGAAGAUGAUGCCAAGGCUGCAUUUCUUGCACUUAUGUCUGAAGACGAUCCUAUCCUUGGUCGCAAGCGUGCUGAAGUCGUGCAAAGCUCAUCAGAAAGUCCCAAAAAGAACGAAUUGGAAGAGAGCGCUGCUACGGCCUCUACCUCAUCACCCACGACGAAUGUUGCAGAGUCGAAAAGUGAAGAAAAGUCAACCACAGUAAUCACUGAAGUGUUUGACUUUGCUGGAGAUGAAGUAAAAGUUCAACGAGUUGUUACUGAGGAGGAAGCCAAAGAGAUUGAAGCAAAAGAAAAGCGGAAGGAAAAUGACAAGACAAAAAAGCCUCCGAAGCGAUUAGGGCUCGGAGGUGCGUUGACACUACUGGCAAAGAAGCCGAAAAUGUCUGUCCUCGACAAAUCAAACCUUGACUGGGCAACUUUUAAAGAGGAACAUCACCUCAAGGAGGAAUUGGAAACUUUCAACCGUGGCAAAAAUGGCUAUCUGGAUAGAAUGGAGUUUUUAUCAAGGACGGACUACAGAGAAUUCGAGAAGGAGAAAGCAUUGCGGAAUUCGUCCAGAAAGCCCAUAUAGUUUUGUUGGCAACGUUACAUGAUUUUGGUUUUGUUUCCAUCACUUUCUGAGAGGAUUUUAUCUACAACGCUGAAUGUGGGGCGUAGUAGCUUUGAUUUUGCAAACUUUGCUGUUGAACAUUCUGCUUUGACGUUGUCACGCUCAUUUCCACUGUGUCAGUAUUAAUUGUUAGGUAUUAUACUUUUUAUGUUGUAUGUUUGACUUAUUGAAUUGUACAGCAAGCUAUACUUAACGUAUGCUUUCUUGUUUCAUCUAUAAAUCGUACACCUUUAUGUGUCACAUCUGGCUAGAUUAGUG